AUGUUCAAUGCUCCUUUGGUUUUUUUUUCCCUGCUGGAUUGCCCAAUCAGCAUCCGUUAUUUCGAGACGCUAAAGAUCUUGUUGUGGUUCUCCAACACUGGCUCUUCGUGCACUACUGAUGGCUCCAGGGGACUCGACGUUCCACCGAUACGAAGCUUACGGUAUUACUUGCACAAUACUGUACAAACAACCUCCAUUUACUUGCUGCCCACUACUACGUUUGCUGAUCCCUCGCACUGGUUAUCUGUUUCAAGUACCUGGUCUAUUAUCUCUCUAUCGUUUGACAAGCAAUACAACAGAAUAGCCGACUCGCAGAAAUUUACAGAGUUGAAAUACGAUGUCCUCUACCACUACCGGUGGCGCAAAAUUCAAGUUCACCGGAAACGUGCACUCGGCAGCCUCCGCCUCGUCCCUUCAACUUCAGCUAUCAUCAGCAUACCUGCCCUCGCUCCCUUUGAAGAUCCCCGCUCGCCUCCUGAACUCUUCUGGGUCAAGCACCAGCCGUACUUGCAAAACAUAGGCUACAUGCUGCUCCCUCGGUACCAUUCAGACCGGCGCCCUUCAUGGAUAAAGAAAGACGGUACAAACUUGAAAGAAAAAUACUCUUGGGCGAAAUACAUCAGUCAUUUAGAUGUAAUUCGUAUGGAGGACGGCGUCAAGGUUGCUCUCCGAAGCUCACAAGAGCUAGCCAUGACAAUGCACCUCUCCUUGCCCAAACUACGCUCUGAUCCACGCAAUCACACUGUUCCGGUUCUAGGAACGAUACCGAUACCUGGCGAGGAAACGGAACGAGUGUUCGUCGUCUUGCCUGUGCUUCGCUGGUUUCACACUCCUUACUUCCACUGUCGACGGGAGUUUGCUGAUGCAUUUAGAAAAAUCUUAGAGGUAGUCGACUGGCGCUCUAUAAGUAAAACAACGGUAUUGAGUUCCCAUUCUAGAGAUGCGUGUACGCUGAACUUCCUUAUGGAUGCCACCAACCUUUACCCUAAAGGCUUUCACAUGGCCUACCAGACCAGCAUUGACGGAGUUCGACACACACUCCAUGCACGACCACGUUGCCUUGUGGCUCCCGUCAAAUACUAUAUCAUCGAUUUCGAAACUACGAGGCACUUUCCCGAGGGCAAAGAUUCUGCACGGGCUAUCAAGCUAAAGUGUCAGAUCAAAACUUUGCCGGAAUUUCUCGGCGCUCCUGCACCGUACAAUCCCUUUCGCCUGGAUGUCUAUAACGUUAGCGCUACGUUUCUCGAGUUUUGUGAGCAGUAUGCUGGUCUGGACGAAUUCAAGCCUCUCUGUCUUCAGAUGAUGGCCAAAGAUCCUACCAAGCCACCGACCACGCCAGAGAUGCUUGUGAAAUUUGAUGCAUUCAUUGGGUUGAAUUAUGAGAUAUGGAUGCGUAGUCACAUUUGGCUGGAUUACUCCUGGCAUAAGCCACCAUCUCGAUUCAUUCAGUUUCUUUGGCCGAAAUUUCCUUCUCUUUUACCGUACUUCUGAUUCUGGGAGGAUUUCUACAUGCUAUCCCAUACACUUGCAUGCAUACGUCCU